CCGCGCCCUCCUGGCUCCGCCCCUGGCUCCUCCUCUUCUGUCCCCUCCGCUCGGCUCCCACCGCCCCCUCCGCCCUCUUGCUUGGCUUGGAGGGGGGAGGGGGCGCCGCAGCUCCUCUGGGUCUCGAACUCCUCUCUCUCGGUCCGGCUUCCAUUCUUCUCUUCCACAGAAUUCAGCUCCUCUGGCUUGGGCAAUCUGGGCCUUGGAUCAGCAGUGCGAUUCUGGCUACCCAUAGAAAUAAGGUAUUCACAAGCCAGAAGAGAAAACCUUCCCCGUCCUAAGGGUUAAAAGCAACGGAUCUGCCUUCCUAGAGGGGAUGGGAAAUCCGGGGGGGGGGCGGGUCCUCCAGAGCGAAGGUCACCCAAGGAAAUCCUCUCGGGAUCCGCCUGGGCGGCUUUGGAGAGACAAAGCUCGGCAUUCCAAGGGUUAAGAGCAGCUGAGCUGGGUUCCUAGAGGGGACAGGAAACAGUGGAGGAGGAGGAGGUCCUCCGGAGCCAAAAAGGGAGCUCCUGUCGCCUUGGCAACUUCUGUGUGGGCUGAGUCUCCUGUCUCCCCCGCCAGAGGGCGCAGUGGGGAGAAGGGAGUCCGGGGGGGGGGGCAGGGGACCCCCAAGUCCAGGGAGCAGAGAGACUCCUGCCCCCUUCCUCUCUGCCAAGCCGGGGAGGGGGACCAGGGCAUUCCUCGGCAUCCCUGGCCCCCUUCAGACCGAGGAAUCCGGGCCAUCUACUAGCAGACGUCGUAGUGGGAAAGAAAGAUUUGUACGUAAAAUAGAUGCAGAAAGAAAAAAGAAAGAAAGGAGAGCGUGACCCAUGCAAUCAAUUGAGGAAGUGCAGUGUAAGCGGUGGAAGUCAUUCAAUGGAAUUUUAUUAUUAUUUGUUUAUUGAAAUACAUGUAGAAUAAAUUUGGAAGAAAUUCUUCCUACUUUCUUCGCUUUCUCUUUUUCUAAUUUUUCUUUUUCUUUUUCUUUCUUCUUUUUCAUUCUUCUUCUUUUCUAUAUUUUUCUUUUUUAUUAACAGCAUUAUGGAAUUUUGGAUAUUUGUAUGUAAUUUAUUUAUUUAUUAAUUAAUAUUGGGGAAAUCGCAGGGGUCGGCACACCGGCAGUGCAAUAGAUGAGCCUUACCCUGGGAAAACCUCCUUCAUGAUCAAGGUGUCUCCUCUGCCAGGUAAGUAUAUAUGUAUGUGAUUGUAACACUUUGUUAAUUGAUUUUGAUUUUGAAAUAAUUAUAUUAAGGUAAUAAAAUAAAAUUUUAAAAAAGGAAUUGAAUGUGUUCUCAAGAGUUGUUUUGGGGAUUCAGGAAGGAGGGGUAGACCCUGGAGUUCCUUGGAGAAAAUGGUGGGAAAGAAAUGAAAUUAAUAAAGAGACGGAGCCCAGCCCAUAAUCUGACGGCUGCAUUUUGCAGCUGUUUCUGAGUUGUCUUCAAGGGCAGCUGCAUAUGGAGGGCAUUGCAAUGAUCCCAUUGGAUCCAGAGCAUGGAAUACCAUGGCCUCUCAUCCCAAAGAGACUGGGGCUGGCAAACUAGCCAGAGCUCGAAGGGGGCAAUGCUAGUCACUGAGGCCACCUGGGAACCUCUAAGCAGAUGUGGUGGUGGGGUUAUGCUAUGCAACAUUAUUGUUAUUUUAAUUAUUAUAAUUAGUAAUUACCCAUCCUAUUAUUUACAUGCAGUUCACCCUAAGUUCCCAGGGCAGAUUUCAACAUUAAAACACUAUAAAAAAAUAGUUUAAAACUAGAACUAGAAGAUUUCUUCUUCCUUUUUUACUUAAAGAAAGCUCAGAGUCUGGCCUGUGGUGCAGUCCAGUCCUGGUUCCUUCCAAGACUCAUCUACACUUGCACAGGGAACCACCUUCUUCUCCUUCCCAUUUAUCAGUUUUAUAACAGAACAGUGUCUUUGUAGAAUUUGCCAGCACCUCUCAUUCGUUUGGAUGGACAGAACUUAGCAGAAGACCAAGGGGUUCCUUCUGAUCUUUUGGAGACUUCCUGAUAGCACAGAUGGAUGAGCAAGACUCAGCUGGCCCUGAAGCAGGAAGAGGCCAUGGCAUUGACAAUGGGAGCAGUGGGGGAUUCUGGGAAAACUCUGCAGAAGAUCCUGGGUGAGGAGGACACCCUCCGUUCAGAGGUGCAGAGCCGGCAGUUCAGGUGGUUCUGCUACCAGGAGGCCAAAGGACCCCGCGAGGUUUGCAGCCACCUCUACUACUUCUGCCACCAGUGGCUGAAGCCAGAAAGGCACACGAAAGCUGAGAUGCUGGACCUGGUGAUCAUGGCUGUCCUUCCAGCGGAGAUGGAGAACUCCGUGAGGGAAUGCAGAGCAGAGACCAGUUCCCAGGCAGUGGCCCUGGCCGAAGGUUUCCUCCUGAGUCAGGCAGAGGAGAGAAAGCAGGCAGAGCAGCAGGUGAGAGAGACUUUCCUCUGGGGCUCUGAACAGGAGGGACAGUAUCUCUAAAUCCCAUCCUUUUUUUUUGGAAUGACAGUGGAUACCCCUCAAGUUUUUGUCCCAGACAUUCCUUUUCUAACCCAUCUCCACAUUCUCUAUUACAAAUCCUUGUUGCUCUUUCAGGAAAAGGAUCAGUCGGCAGCAACGGGUCCUGAUCCCUCUGAGGCAGAGAGGACUUCGCUGGACACCAGAGAGAGGCCGCUGGGUAAGGAGGAAGGAGUUGUUUCUCAGUCUGGCCACGUUCUGUUGACACAGGCUCUGGGCUCUCUUCCAGAAGUAAUCCCUGGGUUCUUUCAGUAUCUGAGGGAAGGACAAGAGAUGUAUUUUCACAUAACUAAAAUAUGAAAUGGGUACAAAGGCCAGAAUGCACCUCUGAGAGAAGCGCCAUGCACUCCUGGCUCCCCUUUGUCUCUCGUAGGUGAAAGAAGGAUGCCGGCAAGAUCUCCUCCUCCAUCUCUUCGUCCUGGUGGAGGGGAAACAGUGGCUGAGGAACCGGAUCAAAUAGGGGGAAGGAAUCUUGGGGGGAAAGAGGCUGAGGGGUGGGGGAGACAGGGCGUUUCUGGGGGCAAAGGAAUCUCCUGCUCUUUUUUCUUCUGUCAAAUCUGGAAAACUGGCAUGCUUGCACAGACAGAAUGAUUUGAAGAAAUCAACAUGGAGUUCCACCCAUUUCCCCUAAGACCUGAAAGAUUGCUGCGCCAUAAAUCUUAUUAAACAAAGGAGAGCUGGAAGAGAGCCCAGAGCCCUGGAAGAUAAAAAAACGUGGCCUCGGGGGGGGGGGGGAACCACGCUGAAAAUCAACCUACGGAUAACAACACAGAAUAAAAUGCUUCUUGCAAGUUAAUAGACAUAUGGAUUUGUUAAACACAAUAGAAAGUCAUAUACCAGUGAUUGUGAUGAUAAGACAGUGGGUUAAGAUCGGAGUUAUGAAAUUGGAGGAAAACUCUUCCCAGAAAAAAUUCCUUUAAAAGAAUCAAGUCUUAAAACAAAAAAAAAGUCCUUAAACAGUAUUUAAAAGAAUCCUUCCAAAAAAAAAUUAAAAAAAUUGUCCAGUAGCACCUUAGAGACCAACUGGUCUACCUACCUGAAUCUGGGGAAAACAAGAGAAGAACACAGAAACAAGUGAAAGAAACUUUCUCCCGAUAGCCAGAACAUGGGAAGCCCUCCCUAUUUUUUUAGUUUGGAAUGUAUUCAAUCCAUUAAUAAUUUUUUAGUUCAUCUUCAGUGAAGGUUUGUCGGAUCAUAAAUCAGCAAAAAUAAUGUAACUAUAAAAAGAGAACAGAAGCCCCCCCCUUCACUUACCUAACAAUCCUCUUACGGCAAAGUCCUCUCCAGAUCAAAACCUUGGCACACAGUGGCUGAUUCAUUUAGCAGGUUAUCAUGUCUCCGUCUUCCAAAACACACCUGUUUCUUAAGUCCAGAUUUUUUAUCUUAAAAAACAGAAGUAUUCCCGCUCACGGUGGCCACAUUGGAGAGUUCUGAUUCAUGCAGUGCCAAGCACUCAGGGCCCCUGCCCCCUGCAUUCCGUCGGAGCGAGAGACAGUUAACGGACAAUCCACCAGUCAAAGCUUGCCCUCCCUGACCCGGGGGGGGGGGGGUCACAAGGAUAAUUACUCUCAUAUUAUCCUUAAUUAACUGCAUGGUCAGAGUCCGCUUUCAUGGGUCCGCUGCACGCCAUGGCAGUUCAUGACGGAAGUCGCAAAUGCAACGUUUUAAGUGCGUUAUAUAAAGGUGACACUAGAUGGCAAUGGUGAGCUUAUGGCAAAUUCAAUAUAUUUUUCAAAAUGCUUCUUUUAAAAAGCAUUUUAACAGCAUUUUUAAUAUGUGUCUGGAUUCCCCCACUCACACAGGGUCAACAGAAUUGUUGCCCAUCCGAAGAUCACAAGGCCUUUUUUGCCUAAAUCAACCCCACAGGUGGUAAAAACAAAGAAGCACAAAAUAUUUUACACUGUUUUUUUAAAAAGAAUUCCAACAAUCUGAGGAGCCUUUGCUGUAAGGCUGCGGGGCUCUCUACCCAUUUACCUGGGAAUAAAAGGCAUUGAACUUAAAUGAACCUCUGAGUCGAUGUGUAAAGGAUUGCACUACAAAGGCCUAAAAUGUUGAACCAGACUCCAGCUCAGUUGAUAGAGCAUGAGACUCGUAAUCUCAGGGUCGUGGGUUUGAGUCCCAUGUUGCGCAAAUGAUUCCUGCAUUGCAGGGGGAUGGAUUGGAUGACCCUUGGUGUCCCUUCUGACUCUACAGUUCAAUGAUAAGCAAAGUAUACAUGACUAUAACUCUCAUAAUAAUAAAUUUUUAUUUAUACCCCGCCCUCCCUGCCCAGAACUGGGCUCAGGGUGGAUAACACCAAUAAAAUUACAAGAAAACAUAAUGGGGGAGCAGUUAAUUAAAAUAAGGGUUAAAAUACAAUUUAAAAUGUAUUAAAGAUCUUGUUUGGAGUGUUACUUUAAAAAAAAAAUUUGACCACAAUAGAUUUUACUCCAAAUGAUUUUUGCAUGAAGUCUAUUUCUAGGCAUGCAGGUUUUUUUUAGAGAAGACAAGUGGCAAAUAAAUGGCAACUGUUUUCUAGGCAAGAAACAUGACACUUUUCUUCAUUUUCUUCCCUUUUCUUUCCGACUUUAAAAGCAGACAAAAUCGGCUGCCUUGUCCCAGGAUUCAGCCUAAGAGCAGCUGUCCCUGCCCAGCAGAAGACAUCCAAGCCUAGACACGACAAGGUAAGUCCUGAGUAUCAUAGAUGACAUGGGGGGAGGGGGCGGCAUACAAUCUGAGGAAAGAAGAAGAGAGAAGUUUGACUUUCUUUCUUAGCACAGGCCUUGUACAUAGCAGAGAGGCACUGAACGAAACAUUCAGAGGCAAAGCUUCCUCAGAACUACCAAGCCAAUCAGAGUGCAGGCUUCCUGAGUAAGUGUCAGCAAGCAAAAGCUCCACCUUUCCCUCUUUUGGUUAUUUGACUUGAACGUGAACACAAUUAACCUGGAACGACCUCCUGUUGGAAGGGGGAACUUCGAACAAGACCUUUUCUUGUCCUGGGUCCUGGGGGGGGAGGUGGAUGUCAGGGAACUGCCAUCAGAGCUAGAGGCGGAGGGAAGGCUCCAGAGGGAUGCCGGAGAGGGUCCCAGUAGGGAGAGAGGCAGCCCAUCUGCUGGGGAAGGAAAUCAGCGUAACACCAGUGGAGAAGGGGGGCAGAUGGGGGAAUCGGAGAGGAGGCUCCAAGACUCCUCGCCGGAGACCAGCGGAGAGAGUACGGGUACUCCGCUGCCCACAUCCUCCCUGCGCAGAAGACUUCCGCGCAGGGAGAGUAGGAGGAGACUUGGCGUCAAACAACUUUUAUGCCGGAAAAGGUUCAAGAAACGCCCACUGACGGAUUCUGCCAGGGACUGAGCCAGUCACGAUGCUGGAGGCUGUUCAGUCAGAAAGGGUUUAACCAGGUAACCUCGCCAGCAGUGGCGGCAACUUACGCACGAGCAACCCCUAAAUCCAUUACAGCUUGCUUCAGUUAGCCUUUGUUAAGAUUGACUGCAUUGUGUCCUGAUAUGGGCUGUGGUUAGUUAAACAUGGAAGAAAAAGCUUCCGGUCUCCUUUUUGCAACUGUGCUAGAGGAGAAGGGAGCAGGAGCCGAUGAGUCCAAGGCUCAUUCACACAAUAAUAAACCAUAGUUUAUCACAGAGGUAACCAAAAUGGUGCCCUUCAGAUGCUACAGACUGCAACUACCAUCCCUCCUGAAAUGAAACCCAGGAGUGUGAUGCCCCUGGAUUUUUGUUGUGAGUUGGGAAAUGACAAAGGAAAUUUUCCAACCCUCACUAUGGAGAAGAUGAGCAGAUUCACCUGGUUCAUUUUAAUUUUAAAAAAGCAGCUCCCAUGGAAAAGAGCACCAGUGGUCAGUGUACCCUACACUGUCCUGCACUUUCUCACUGGUUGGCUGACCAAACCCAAAGAGAACAGCUUCAUGGUUCCUCGUCAUCCUGGGAAAAAAGUGACCAGUGGGGUGUCACAGGGUUCUGUCCUGGGCCCGUUGUUGUUCAACGUUUUUUUAAAAAAUAAAUGACUUGGAUGAAGGAAUUGAGGGGAUGCUUAUCAAAUUUGCAGAUGACACCAAACUGGGAAGGGUAGCCAAUGCCGCAGAAGACAGAAUCGGGAUUCAAGGUAACCUUAACAGAUUGGAGAACUGGGCCCAAACUAACAAAACGAAAUUCAAUAGGGUCAAAUGUCAGGUUCUACAUUUAGGCAGGAAGAACCUGAUGCACAAAUAUAGGGUGGGGGAGCCCUGGCUUGCCAGCAGUUUGAGUUUCCUGGAGGAAAAUAAAAUACAAAAUUUGUAAGUCUGCACAACAACUUGUUGUUGUUGCUUAGUUGUUUAGUCGUGUCCGACUCUUUGUGACCCUAUGGACCAGAGCACGCCAGGCACUUCUGUCUUCCACUGCCUCCCGCAGCAUGGUCAAACUCGUGUUGGUAGCUUCGAGAACACUGUCCCACCAUCUCGUCCUCUGUCGCCCCCUUCUCCUUAUGCCCUCAAUCUUUCGCACAACAACUUACUGACUACUAAUAUUUUCCCAGCUGCUAAAAGGUCCCAACUAAAUGGUGAUUUGCCUCCAAUUGCACUUAAGGUUCCCAAACUCACUUUCCCCAUCCUUACCCUCCAGAAUACUAGCGAGACGAAUGCCAGUAUCACAGUCAUCCUUUGCUGUGGGCAAAUGGCAUUUGGGGCACGGCCAGAUGACCUGCAUUUCUUUGUUGAUCUCAUCAUGGAGGAGCUCCUCUUUCAAUUCCAGAACACCAGGAAGGUAUGGCUCUGAUUAUCCCACGGACUCCAGUUGUUUGUUCUCUCAGCUAUACCAUACUUUUCCGUGUAUAAGACGAGGUUUAUUAUUAUUAUUAUUAAAAAUGACGUUUAAAAAUGAGGGUCAUCUUAUACACGGAGAGUGCAUAGGGGGGACGUGGGAUUGGUUGCCGCUGCAAGCCGGAGAUAGUCAGCGGCUAUUGUGCGUGUUAUUGGUAGCUGCGGCAAGGGGUGGUGUUGAUUGGCUGUCACUGCGGAAAUUGGGAAGGCGAUUGGCGGUUUCUGCCGGCGAGGGACAGACAAUAGGUGGGUUUUGCGACGUGUGUGAGUGGCAGCAUAGGUCCAGCUGGUGAGCAAUUUUUGGAAUCCCCUCCCCCAAAUAGCUGAACAACUGUGGGUAAUCCUCCCCCCCCCAAAAGCUCAGCAACUCUGGGCAAUCCUCCCCCCAUUUUCUUAAUUUGGAGUCCCCCAAAAUAGGGGGUGUCUUAUACACGAAAAAAUACGGUAUAUCCUUCCUUUCUCCUGUCAUAUGACUCCAGGAGGUGUGCAACCAUUUCCCCAGUGGUCACCAUCCAGGCGCUGAGCAGACCUCCCAAGCUCCGUCAAGGUCCUUUCACCACAUGCCUUCAGACUGUGCCCUAGGGCAGGGUCUUUGGCUUCAUCCACCGAAGGGUUGUAGACUGGGGUGUAUACUGACUCCACACUUAGGACCAAAUGGGGCAUUACAGUGGUACCUUGGUUCUCAAACUUAAUCCGUUCUGGAACCAAAUUGUUCCAAAACCAAGGCACGCUUUCCCAUAGAAAGUAAUGCAAAAUGGAUUAAUCCGUUCCAGACUUUUUUUAAAGAAACCCUAAAACAGCAAUUUAACAUGAAUUUAACUAUCAACAAGACCAUUGGGUUAGGGUUAAUUUUUGGAUUACCCUAGUAAGGAUUAGAAUUAGGGUUAGGGUCAGUAUGGCUUUAUGUUUCCUUGUGAUUUUGAUUCAAACUCAAUUUUAUAAAAUCCCUUGUCCUUUCAGAACCAGGCUUUGAAGAAGAGCUUUAUGAAGGCAGCAACUCUAACAACCAAGGCGCUUGUGCAAUCGAAUGUGGGACAUGUCACCUUCCCCCACAAAGAGGAGCUCACCUUCUGCAUCAUAGUGAGUAAAAAAAAAGAGGGGGAUCUCCUGGGGUUUCUUUUCAGAGCGUUGUUGUUUUUUUUUUUAAUAGCUGUGUAGGUCUAGCUCUGGGUUGCAUGUUCUGACCAUCUGGCCCCAAACCAUUUCUGGGUGGUCACGUUCUGCUCCAGCUCAAGUUUCCAAACCCUCUUGAAAGGCAGCCCUACAUUGUGGCAAACUCAGCAGGAUGUCACCAGCGCCUAAGUAAAAGAGGCUAGGUUCUCCCAGGAGGAGAGGGUUGUCGAUGGCUCCCAGCCAUGACUGCUAUGUUCUACCUCCACAGAGGAAGGAAGCAAUGUUUCUGAAGGAAGCAAUGUUGCUGGAAGCCACAGGCUCUUGGGCUCAUGGUCUGCUCCCUGGUUUCUCACAGGCGUUUGGUUGGCCACUGUGAGAAUGCUGUGAGGAUGCUGAACUAGAUGUGCCCUUGGCCUGGUCCAGAAGGCUGAUCUUACAAAAGUCGAAGCCAGGAGCCCCAUGCCAGCAAUACAGAGCCAGGUGACUGGACCUUCUGCUUCUAGGGAUCUGAAUUGAGGAAAAUGGGGUUGCUAGGUUAAAGGAUUUGAGGGCAAAGAGUCUGAGUCGUGUAAGCUACAAAUAAUCCUGCCAGAGACACUUGACCCAUCACAAUGAUGUAACAACCAGAGACUUUGGGUGUAUAUUUUUGAUUUUAAUCAUGUUUCCAUAUUUAUUGCAUUUAACAUUUGGCUAGAAUGCAUCCACGAAUGAUUCCUGCAUGCCUUCAUUUUGUGACUCUCAUGCCUCCCUCCUACGCUGCAUUUAAUUUUAUUUGUUUGCUUGUUUGUUUAUAUGCUGCCCAUCUGACUGGGUUACUCUAGCCACUCUGGGCGGCUUCCAGCAAAUUAAAACACAACAAGACAUCAAAUAUUUAAAACUUCCCUAUGCAGGGCUGCCUUCAGAUGUCUUCAGACGGAAGUAUAAUUAUGUAGGUCUAUGACAUCUGAUAGGAGGGUGUUCCACAGGGUGGGCCCCACCACCGAGAAGGCCCACUGCCUGCUUCCCUAUAACUUCACUUCUUGCAGUGAGGCAGCUGCCACAAGGCCUUCUCAAUAAACAACAACAGCCCCCACUGAAGAUUUGAUUGCUAUGGCAAUGGAGGUUAAAGUACGAUAAAAAGGUAAAGGUAAAGGGACCCCUGACCAUUAGGUCCAGUCGUGGCCGACUCUGGGGUUGCGGUGCUCAUCUCGCUUUACUGGCCGAGGGAGCCGGCGUACAGCUUCCGGGUCGUGUGGCCAGCAUGACUAAGCCGCUUCUGGCGAACUAGAGCAGCGCACGGAAACACCGUUUACCUUCCCGCCAAAGCGGUACCUAUUUAUCUACUUGCACUUUGACGUGCUUUCAAACCGCUAGGUUGGCAGGAGCAGGGACCGAGCAACGGGAGCUCACCCCGUCGCGGGGAUUCGAACUGCCAACCUUCUGAUCAGCAAGCCCUAGGCUCUGUGGUUUAACCCACAGCACCAUCCGCGUCCCUUAAAGUACGAUAGGGCCAAAUGGAACACCCCAAGGAAGUUGAGCCCAGUGUGGAGUCCUGUAUCUUUAUAUCCCAUGACCUGUAACCUUACAUACCUUACAUACAUCAAGAAACAUUUGAUAUUUAUGACUCUUUGUGCGCUGUGUUUGAACCCCUGCAUAAGCUUUGUUACGAAUUUGCUGAGCAGCUGGUGGGCAAGGCUGCCUUAUUGCAAUAGCCCUAAUAUACUGGGUCCCUAGCUGGAUCUGCUGAAGCUUGCUGUGAUUCUCUUGAUUCUGCAUGCCAUUUAAAAGGUGUUCCCUCACCUGGGCAAUGGACAGGUAGUAUAGAAAUAAAGUCUUAGGACAACAGCCCCCCCUGUGGCUCUUUCCCUCUUUUCUCAUUCUGGCUAUGGGCUGCAAAAAGAAAUAGAGUUGAAGAAUGUGUGCUUCUCCUGAUUUGCUGCCAUUGGCCCCAGUCAGCAUGACCAAGAGUCAGGAGUGGUUGGAGUCCAAGAACCAGGCAUGGGGAACCCGAGGUGCUCCAGAACCAGAACCAUAGAAUCGUGAUAGCUGGCCAUCCAACCUCUGCUUAAAAACCUCCAAGGAAGGAGGGGGCUGUUGAGCUCAUGCCUUGCUUGCAGGUUUCCCACUGGGUCACCUGGUUGGCCACUGUGGAAAGGGGAUGCUGGACUAGAAGGCUCCAGAGCAUAUGGGAUUUCCGUGGGGGUCUUCAGCUUCUAACUGCUUUUGCUUCUCUCCUUUCAGGACUAUUAUCAAGAGACCAUCGACACCUGCCUCAACAUGCUCACCAGCUUGCUGUCGGAGGCCCCCUCUCUGGAGACGCUGCAGGAGAUAUUAGUGGUAAGGGAGCCCCCAAGAUGUCAGAGCAGGGGGAAGCGGCAGCUCCCAUGCUGGAGGACAGGCCCUCUUGAAAUGAUUGCACGGGGGGCAUCUGUGGCCAACUCACUGGUGGUCAAAUGGGCCUCUGUUCUGCUAGGAAUGCUUGUGCAAGGCACACGUUCAUUUCCUUUCAAAGAUAUGUCCUCUGCUGAUGGCGUAUGGGGAAGGGCCGUGGCUCGGGGCAGAGCAUUUGUUUUGCAUGCCCAAGGUCCCAGGUUCAGUCCUCAGCAUCUCCAGGUGGGGCUGGGAAAAGGCUCUCUGUCUGAAACCCCAAAGGGCCAACUGCCAAUCCUCAUUACCUGUGGAUCAAUGGCUGGGCUUGGUCUAAGGAUGCUUCCUGCAUUCCAUUGCUAUGGCUGUGGUGAGGUGUAUGUUGUAUUAUUGUAAUUAUCACACACAAACACACACAAAUGACAGAUCACAGGGCGGUUCACAACAUAAAAAUACAAAAUCAGAACACAAAAUGCAUAAUAAAACAAAAACAACCCCAAAGCCAAUUAAUAUCUAAUUCUACUAAUGCUUUUUUUAAAAAAUGGCUUCUUUUUUCUAUGUCUUUAGUUGUUCUUAUUUUGUUUGUAAGCUGCCUCGAGCCGCUGUCAGGGGAAAAGGUGGGGUAUUAUUAUUAUUCCCUUUCAUGGAUCAUUGCCUUGCUGUGGCGAAGGGGCUUGAAUAACUCAGUGAAGCUAUGAACUAUGCUGAGCAGGGCACCCAAGAUAGACAGGUCAUAGUGGAGAGUUUUGUCCAAACAUGAUCCACCUGGAGGAGGAACCAGGAAGCCACUCCAGUAUCCCUGCCAAGAAAACUCCAUGUACAAAGACAACAGGCAUAUAAAAGUUAUGACGCUGGAAGAUGAGCCCCUCAGGUCGGAAGGCGUCCAACAUGCUACUGAGGAAGCGCGGAGGACAAGUACAAGUAGAUUCAGAGCUGAUGAAGUGUCUGGGCCAAAGCUGAAAGGACGCUCAGUUGCGGAUAUGCCUGGAAGCGAAAGGAAAGUCCAGUGCUGUAAAGAAAAAUAUUGCAUAGGAACCUGGAAUGUAAGAACCAUGAACCUGGGUAAGUUAGAUGUGGUCAAAAAUGAGAUGGCAAGAAUAAAUAUUGACAUCCUGGGCAUCAGUGAACUAAAAUGAAUGGGAAUGGGCGAAUUCAGUUCGGAUGACCAUCGUAUACCGUUUACAGUGGUGCCCCGCAAGACGAAUGCCUCGCAAGACGGAAAACUCGCUAGACGAAAGGGUUUUCCGUUUUUUGAGCUGCUUCGCAAGACAAAUUUCCCUAUGGGCUUGCUUCGCAAGACGAAAACGUCUUGCAAGUUUGUUUCCUUUUUUCUUAACACUGUUAAUACAGUUGCGACUUGACUUCGAGGAGCAACUCAUAGAACGCAGUGUACAUAGUAGCCUUUUUGAGGUUUUUAAAGACUUUGGUGAUUUUUGAAGCUUUUCCAAAACUUCUUUUGCAGCCAUUUGGUAAGUUAAGCUUUUAAAACUUUUUUGGGGGGGUUUGGAUUUUGGGUUGGGGUGUUUGGAAUUCAAGGACUUGGUGUUGGGGAGGGGUUUGCAAGAAUCUGGAAGCUUGUGUGUUUUUUUUCUGCAUUUUUAUGAUUUUCUGUGACCAUUGGGCCACUCUGCUGUUUUUAAAAAAAGUUUCUGGAUUUGAAUUUCUGUGUGCUGGGUGGCUGGGGGAACAGUUGGGGAGGGGUUUGCAAGAAUCUGGAACCUUGUGUGUUUUUUUCUGCAUUUUUAUGAUUUUCUGUGACCAUUGGGCCACUCUGCUGUUUUUUAAAAAAAUUUCUGGAUUUGAAUUUCUGUGUGCUGGGUGGCUGGGGAAACAGUUGGGGAGGGGUUUGCAAGAAUCUGGAAGCUUGUGUUUUUUUCCCUGCAUUUUUAUGAUUUUCUGUGACCAUUGGGCAACUCUGCCGUUUUUUAAAAAAAAUUCUGGGUUUGAAUUUUGAAAUGCUCUUUACAGUAUGUGUGACUUUAAAGAGCACUUAAUAAACUCUUGUUGUACUAAAUUUGGCUUUGUUUGGACUUUUUUUGACCAUAGGAACGCAUUAAUUGAUUUUCAAUGCAUUCCUAUGGGAUUUCGUGCUUCGCAAGACGAAAAAUUCGCUAGACGAAAAAAUUCGCGGAACGAAUUAAUUUCGUCUUGCGAGGCACCACUGUACUACUGUGGGCAAGAAACCCGUAAAAGAAAUGGAGUGGCCCUCAUAGUCAACAAAAGAGUGGCGAAAGCUGUACUGGGAUGCAGUCUCAAAAAUGAUAGAAUGAUCUCAAUACGAAUCCAAGGCAGACCUUUUAACAUCACAGUAAUCCAAGUUUAGGGACGCGGGUGGCGCUGUGGGUUAAACCACAGAUCCUAGGACUUGCUGAUCAGAAGGUCAGCGGUUUGAAUCCCCGCAACGGGGUGAGCUCCCGUUGCUCAGUCCCAGCUCCUGCCCAUCUAGCAGUUUGAAAGCACGCCAAAGUGCAAGUAAAUAAAUAGGUACCGCUCCAGCGGGAAGGUAAAUGGUGUUUCCAUGCGCUGCUCUGGUUCUCCAGAAGUGGCUUAGUCAUGCUGGCCACAUGACCCGGAAGCUGUACGCCGGCUCCCUCGGCCAAUAAAGCGAGAUGAGCACCGCAACCCCAGAGUCGGUCACGACUGGACCUAAUGGUCAGGGGUCCCUUUACCUUUAAUCCAAGUUUAUGCACCAACUACUGGCGCUGAAGAAACUGAAAUUGACUAAUUCUAUGAAGACUUACAACACCUUCUAGAAAUGACACCAAAGAAGGAUGUUCUUCUCAUUAUAGGGGAUUGGAAUGCUAAAGUAGGGAAUCAAGAGAUAAAAGGAACAACUGGCAAGUUUGGCCUUGGAGUUCAAAACGAAGCAGGGCAAAGGUUAAUAGAAUUCCGUCAAGAGAACAAGCUGGUCAUCACAAACACUCUUUUCCAACAACACAAAAGACGACUCUACACAUGGACAUCACCAGAUGGGCAGCAUCGAAAUUAGAUUGAUUAUAUUCUCUGCAGCCAAAGAUGGAGAAGCUCUAUACAGUCAGCAAAAACAAGACCUGGAGCUGACUGUGGCUCAGAUUAUCAGCUUCUUAUAGCAAAAUUCUAGCUUAAACUGAAGAAAGUAGGAAAAACCACUGGGCCGGUAAGAUACAAUCUAAAUCAAAUCCCUUAUGAAUACACAGUGGAAGUGAGGAACAGGUUUAAAUUCAAAUUACUUUCUGUAAAAGGGAAAUGCAAUGAGAAUUACCCCUUCUCCUUAUGGUGCCCAAAAUCUUUGCUCUAGUACGGAACCAUUGAGAACCAUUGAGAACCAUCAACUAUUAAGAGUCUACCAAGUUCCAAUCUAACAUGCAAAAUUCUUUUCACAGUUUUCCCACUGAGUUUGUCUUUUAUCUGGUUGCAUUAUAGGAACAGCAUUCCUGACAGAGUUUUUCACAGGAAAUAAAAAUUUCCCUUUCAAACAGGAUACAUGAACCUCUAAGAGAAUUCGGACCCACAUAAGCAAAAUGUUUAAUAACUUGCCAAUUGUGUUCAAAUUAACAAAGGUUUUGUCCCUUCGUUUCUUCCACAGCCAAACUAAGUGAAGGAAAUUAAAUGUAAAUGAUUAUAAUAUUUAAAUGGAUAUUAUUUACAGCUUCCCAAGAAGAAAAUUUUAGAAUAUUAUCUCCUUUCUUAACUAUUAUCUUCCUCCUUUAAAAAAAACACAACUAAUUAUGUCUUCAGAUCCCAACCCCCCCCCCGCACGCCUAUUUUCAAAGGAUGCUUUGUGGGAGACCAAAUAUUAAGACGAUCUCCUCACCAGCUAAGCAGCCUGCCAAUGCAUUACAGUGGCCACAACAAUUUCUUCCCAUAAAAAGACUUGAGACCAGGCAGACAGAUGAAAGACAAUAUAAGGAAUAUAAUUAAUAUUUUGGAAUAUCUGACUGCCAGGAAUGAGAAACAAGCGAUACUAAUGUUUGUGGAUGCAGAAAAGGCCUUUGAUAAUAUAGCAUGGGAUUUUAUGUUGAAAAACUUGGAGUAUAUGGAUGUGGGAAAAGAGUUCUUUAAUGGAAUUAAGGCAAUAUAUACGGAGCAGAGAGCCAAAUUGAUAGUCAAUAAUGUAAUUAUUGAUUAAUGUAAUGUAAUUACGGAAGAUAUAAAAAUAUCUAAAGGAACAAGACAGGGUUGUCCACUCUCGCCAUUGUUAUUUAUAACGGUUCUGGAGGUCUUUUUAAGUGCGAUUAGACAAAAUAGAUUAAUAAAAGGGGUGACAGUAGGUCAGAAUGAAUAUAAAGUUAAAGCCUUUGCUGAUGAUCUGGUAAUAACGAUGGAAGAACCAAUGGAGAGUGUAAAAGAAGUAAUGGAGGAGAUUGAAAAAUUUGGAAAUAUGGCCGGGUUUAGAUUGAAUAAGAAAAAACUAAAAUAAUUGCUAAAAAUAUGGAUCAAAGUAUGAUAGAAAUAAUGCAACAACAAACAGAGAUGGAGGUGGUGAAAAAGGUAAAAUAUCUAGGAAUUUGGUUAACACCUAAAAAUAUUGACCUGUUCCAGAAUAACUAUAUACCAGUUUGGAAGGAAAUAAGGAAUGAUCUGGAGGUGUGGGGUAGAAUGAAACUGUCCUUUUGGGGUAGAAUUUCCAUGAUAAAGAUGAGCGUGCUUCCAAAGAUGUUAUUUUUAUUUCAGACUAUCCCCAUUAUAAAGGGGGUAGGGAUUUUUAAAAGAGUAGCAGAGAGUGAUCUCAAGGUAUAUCUGGUAGGGUAAGAAGCCAAGAAUAAAAUAUAAGUUACUAACAGAUGCGAAAAAAACAGGAGGCUUCGCCCUACCAGAUUUGAAAUUAUAUUAUGAAGCAGCAUGCCUAUGUUGGUUAAAGGAUUGGAUAAAAUUAGAAAAUAAGGAGUUAUUAGAUUUGGAAGGUUUUGAUAACAGAUUUGGAUGGCACACGUAUUUAUGGUGUGAGAAGAAGAAAAUUCUAGAAGUCCUUUCUAGGUGCUCACAGACUGUUUGCUUAAUGAUCUGCUCCAGAAUCUUCCCUGGUAUUGAUGUCAGACUGACUGGGCGAUAAUUAUUUGGGUCCUCUCUUUUCCCCUUUUUGAAAAUAGGGACAACAUUUGCCCUCCUCCAGUCUGCCGGGACUUCGCCUGUUCUCCAUGAAUUCUCAAAGAUGACUGCCAGUGGUUCUGAGAUCACCUCUGCCAGGUCUUUUAAUACUCUUGGAUGCAGUUCUAUGUAUUGAUGUAUUGUUAAAAAGAAAUAGAAGGGGGAGAGAAGACAAAUGGCAAUACAAAUGAAGGGAAUGUGUACUGAAGAGAUAAAUAUGGAUGAUUGCUAGAGAAGCUGAAGGAAGUCCAAAAAGAGAUAAUUUGUCAAAAUUUGGAUAAAAAUGUACAAUUAUAUUGGAAAAUUAAUAAAAAUUUAUGCAUAAAAAGACUUGAGAAACUGACUAAUUGAAUUUUGAAGGACAUUUUAUCUCUUUGACCACAACCCAAGAAGGAAAGAACCUAGAAAGCUAUAACAUGUCAGCAACGUUUGGAAGGGCUCUUAACUUCCUCCCAAUGACUCAAAGGCAGACAAGAAAUGCCCUUCUGCCCAAGUUUGGAGAUACAUGUAAAAGCAGCAAGAAUUGUCUCAAGAUCACAUUAUUGCCUCAAGAUAUGGUGUAGCAUUAAUAAUUUGUAUGUUUUGUGUAUUAUGUGCUAUUAUGUAGGAAUGCUGAAAUGUGUCUGAUAGUGUCCCCCCACAAAGGGGGGACAAAAUUUCUGUGUGUAAUUGUUUCUGUAUAAAAUAGGGUGCAUAACUGAACAACAGAAGGGUUUGGCUUACACCCCAAGUUUUUUCAUGGAGGAUUCUCAUAUAUUACAUGCUUUCCGAUAGAGCAGGC